ACCAGAAAUUCUUACGUGGGUAUAUAUUGUAACAAGUCAAACAAGUUUACAUAUAAACUCACACUGGUAUAAAAUCACAACAAUAUUCUUGAUAUCCUAUAUAUAUGCAACAACUAUAAUCAAAACCAAUUGUGAAUAUAUUAUUCCUAAAAUCCUGGUAUAUCCAUUUAAUAUGCUCUUUCUAUCUACAUUCUUAAUUUUAAAACCCUAACAACUGUAUGACUAUAUAUAUGUAUAACCAUAAUUGUUAACGUAUUAUUCAUCUCCCACUUCUCUCCAUUGUUUACUUUAUGGCUCCAAAAGCUAAAAACUUCAUUAAUGACAUCAAACCCUGGAAAACAGAAUGGUGUAUUAAUGUCAAAGCAGUUCAUUCAUGGAGGCAGCAAACCAAGUUUGGUGGUGAUUCCUUAGAGAUGAUACUUGCCGAUGAAACUGUAAGUAUACUGAAUAUCAUUAUCAACAUUAUAUGUAUUGUAAGUGUUUGUAAUAAUAUCUCUUCAUUUUUUUUUCAGGGUGCUAAAAUACAUGCUUCUUGCAAACAAGGCUUUGUUCCUAAAGUUCAACGAGAUUUUCCUAUCAACCAGUGGAGGGUUAUUGAUACUUUCUUUGUAUCUCCGGCAAAGGGGCAUUAUAGAACAACAGCUCAUCCAUACAGAAUUUCCAUAACCAAUGACACAUCAUUCAGCUCCUCGGAUGUCAAAAUAGAUAAUCUCUUUUUAUCUUUGGCCUCUUUUAAAUCUAUCUCCAGUGGAGAUCUAGACCCUGAUUUUCUGAUUGGUAAGAUUUCUUAUUUUAUAUGUUUGUUGUUAACAUAUAAUUGUAUUCUGUAAACAUAAUGUAUCGUGUCAUUGAUUUGUGUUUUACAGAUGUCUUUGGAC